AUGUCAUCAUCUUCAUCUUGCAACACGCUACCUGAUUCCCCUGAACUCGAAACCCGGAAUUGGCUGAAUCUUCCGCCCGAUGUUACGUCAAUGAUUCUGCUGAAACUUGGAGUUAUCGAAAUCCUUUUUAGGGCUCAGUUUGUGUGCACUAAAUGGUGGAGAAUCUGCGAAGACCCUGGCAUGUGGCGUAUCAUUGACAUGCGGAUUAAGGGUCUUGAUUACUUAAACUACAUUAAUGUUAUGACGUUUAUGUGUCGCCUCGCAAUCGACCGGAGCUGUGGCCAGUUAGUUGAUAUUACUCUCGAGCGUUUCGCUGGCAAUGAUCUGCUCAAGUACAUUGUGAAUUCCACACCACAUCUCCGACGCCUACGUCUUGUGAUUUGCUAUGGGAUAUCGGAUCAAGUAAUGAGUGAAGCUGCGAAAAAGCUUCCUUUGUUAGAGGAGCUUGACAAUUCUUUCGGCAGUAAUUCUACUGUUGCUCUGGAAGCUAUUGGCCAGAGUUGCCCGCUUUUAAAAUCCUUGAAAUUCAAUAGGGCUUACAGACAUCGAUUCAUGCAAGACCGUGAUAAUGAGGCACUUGCUAUUGCGAAAACCAUGCCUGAGUUACGUCAUCUCGAACUUAAUGGAAAUCAGCUUACUAAUGAUGGCUUGGUUGCUAUUCUUGAUGGUUGUCCUCGCCUCGAAUCUCUUAACUUACGUCGAUGUUUUAACCUUGAUUUGCGAUGUAGUUUGGGGAAAAGAUGUGAAGAACAGAUCAGGGAUUUACGGCUUCCAUAUACUGUUCCUGCAGUUGACCUCAGAAUUGAUUCCGAUUUGGAUGAAGAUGAUGUAGGCUUCUAUUAUGAUUUAGCCUUUACGUUAAUCGAAAAUAGUGUUGAAGAUGCUUAUGAAUUUUGA